AUCAAGGAGCUGUAACGUUAGAAAUGCUGCUGGUAAUAAAAAUCAACCCACUCGUCACGAGGACUACUUUAAGUACUGAACUGAUGUUGGGAUGGUUCCAUUAUCCAUGCUCGAAAAAAGGUUCUCUUCCUUCCAUUUUUGCUCAUCUUCUGUGAGCUCAAAAGCAGUUCUUGAGAACUUGUUCUUUUCCCAUAUACAGACACAUAAACUUAGUGGAAUUUAAAUUAAGUUAGGCAUGGCCUUUAAAAGGGAUAUAGAAAAUGGUGAGCAUAAUCGUAGCACUGGAGAGUUGACAGAGCCACUCAUGGCGAAAAAUCUAGCAGACGAGGAAGAUGGAUCUGGAGAACUCAACAGCAGCAAACAGAGAAACUGGAUGGUUUACCUCAGCACGCUGGUUGCUGUGUGUGGUUCUUUUGAAUUCGGAUGCUGUGCAGGCUACUCUUCACCUACUGAAGAUGCAAUAACGGGAGAUCUCUCUCUGUCUCUAGCAGAGUAUUCCAUGUUUGGUUCCAUCUUGACAUUCGGUGCAAUGGUCGGAGCAAUCACAAGUGGGCCAAUUGCUGAUUUCAUCGGAAGGAAAGGGGCGAUGAGAGUGUCUGCUGCUUUCUGUGUUGCAGGAUGGCUUUCCAUUUACUUCGCUCAGGGGGCAGUGGCAUUGGACAUUGGAAGAGUGGCAACAGGAUAUGGCAUGGGAGUCUUUUCCUAUGUGGUUCCCGUCUUCAUAGCUGAAAUUGCACCCAAAAAUCUUCGUGGAGCCUUAACAACUCUAAAUCAGCUUAUGAUUGGCACUGGAGUGUCUGUUUUCUACAUAGUAGGAACAGUAAUAAAAUGGAGAGUUCUGGCAUUGAUGGGACUUAUCCCUUGUGCUAUUCUGCUUUUUGGCCUAUUUCUCAUUCCAGAGUCCCCCAGAUGGCUGGCAAAGAUGGGACGUGAGAAGCAGUUUGAGACUGCAUUAAAGAAACUUCGUGGUAAGGGCACGGACAUAUCUCAUGAGGCAGAAGAAAUUAAGGACUAUAUAGAAACUCUUGAGAGGCUCCCAAAAGCCAAACUGCUAGAUUUAUUUCAAAGAAGAUAUCUGAGCUCAGUCAUUAUAGGAGUUGGAUUGAUGGUCUUCCAGCAAUUUGGAGGAAUCAAUGGAGUCUGCUUUUAUGUCAGCCACAUUUUUGAGUCCGCAGGAUUUUCUGCCUCUAUUGGGACCAUAAUCUAUGCCAUUAUUCAGGUUGUGGUUACUGCCCUAAACACAAUAGUGAUAGAGAAAGGUGGAAGAAAGCCUCUCUUAUUGGUUUCUGCAUCCGGAUUGGUCAUUGCUUGCAUAAUAACUGCAAUUUCAUUCUAUCUUAAGGCUAAUGAACUGGCUCUCCAGUCUGUACCUGUACUCGCUGUCACUGGCAUACUGCUAUAUGUAGGAUCAUUCUCAGCAGGAAUGGGUGCAGUUCCCUGGGUUCUAAUGUCAGAGAUAUUUCCUAUAAAUAUUAAAGGAGUAGCUGGAAGCCUUGCAACACUGGUGAACUGGUUUGGUGCAUGGACAAUUUCCUACACUUACAACUUCCUCAUGAGCUGGAGUUCUUAUGGUACCUUUAUUCUUUAUGCUGUAGUCAAUGCUCUGGGUAUUUUGUUCAUAGCCAAAGUGGUACCAGAAACCAAAGGCCGAACUCUGGAACAAAUUCAAGCAGCCAUUAAUGCAUAAACAGUGCACUGAAGCAAAGAUAAUCAUCCCUUGGAAAUAAAUGCUUAUUACAUAGCUAUGAAUGUACGAAUCUAUAUGUACAAGUAUUUAAUCUGAUAGUUGUAAACACAUUCUACCUGGCA